CAGAGAUCAUAUUCCUCUUGAUUAAAACUCCUUUCGUUUCAAACAACACAAUAAUAACACAAAAUCAUAACAACAUUUGUGAUUACAUUUUAAGUGUUUCUAUACUUUCUUUCUUAGAGACCAUAAGAAGGUGAACAUGGUGAAAACAAAUGUGGAGAAACCUGCGGCGGAACGAAGUGAUACAUUGUUCCGAGGAGUGAGGAAGAGGAAGUGGGGAAAAUAUGUGUCGGAAAUUAGAUUACCAAACAGCCGUCAAAGAAUAUGGUUAGGCUCUUAUGACUCCGCUGAUAAAGCGGCGCGUGCAUUUGACGCGGCGACAUUCUGCUUACGUGGCAGUGGUGCUAGGUUUAAUUUCCCGAGUAAUAUUCCGGAUAUUGCGGGUGGAAGUUCCAUGACCCAUUCUGAGAUUCAAGCAGCUGCCGCCCGUUUUGCCAAUUCGGUGGCCUGUAAUGAGUAUUCGGGUCGACCCGAUAAUACUCCAGAUCAAACACCAUCUUCCUCCGUGGAAACACCAAUCACACCAUUGUUGCCUAUGGAGAUGCCAUCUCCUGCUCUCUCGGAUGUUACAGUUCAAACGGAGAGUGAUAUAUCAGAUAACGAGUUGUUUAGAGAUUUGUUUUCAGACACCGGAUCGGGUUACACAAUGUUUCCUGGGUUUGAUGAUUUUUGUGGCGAUUUCUACGUGCCGGAGUUCUCAAAUUUUGAUUAUGAACAAGAGAACAUGGAUGGGUUGAUAAUUCAAGAAUCAUUUUUAUGGAGUUUCUAAAUAUUUUCAUACGGGACGGAUUGUAUUGACUUUUAACAGGAUUUGAAACCUGGUUUGGUGGGUCAGUUUAUUUUUUAUAGGAUCAAGUGCUACACAAAUAUUCUUGAUAAAAUUUUUGCCGAGACAUUUCGAUUUUGAUUUUUGUGGAUAUAAACCUUGCAACAAUGUAAAAUGAUCUAAUGAUAAGAUUUUUUUUCCCUACAUAGUAUUUAUCAUUUUGAUGUCAAUGUUUUACCAAUUACUACGAUGUCAAACUGGUAUAAUCAUGGUCCAACUCGUUGAACUCCGGUUUUAUCAGAUGAUAAAUAAAUGACUAGUAAAAUUUUAAACUUAAUAUUAAAUUUUAUAAAUAAUUCAUUCAAAU